AUGGGUAUAAAAAGUGCCUUAUUAACAGGAAUUACGCUAGGAACAGUGGUUAUAAAGUAUCCAGAUGAUUCACCAUUAUGGAUUGAGUGGUUAAUUGGUACAAUUGCUCAAGCUAUUGGUAUUUCUAUUGGUAAUUUUAAACUUCUUGGAUGUCUUAUUUUUUCGUAUCCUUUUGCUAUUUUUUUGAGGAAAUUACCUACGAAAAGUCCAUAUUUAAGAAAUAUAUUUAAUAUUAUUAUUUCUGUUUUUUUUUUGGUUCUUUUUAAUUUUUGGUAUGCGCUUCAAACAGUGCUUAUUAGCGCGAAUGGGACAUAUAUUAUUGUAAAAUAUCUUAAGGGAAAAUCUAUGCCAGUUUUUGUGUUUAUUUUUUUAAUGGGACAUUUGAGUGUUAAUCAUUUUUAUCGUCAGUUCUUUAAUAUUGAUUCAUCUAUGGAUGUUACAUCUAUACAGAUGGUUCUUUGUAUGAAGUUGUCAGCACUUGCAUGGAAUAUAUAUGAUGGUCAACAAAAUUUAUUAACGUUAACACAGAAACAGAAGGAAUAUUCUUUAAAAGAAGUUCCAUCUUUACUGGAUUAUCUUGGUUAUGUAUUUUUUUUCCCUUCUUUUUUUGUAGGACCUUAUUUUGAUAUGGCUGAUUAUUAUAAUUGGCUAACCAAUGGUGCUUUUUCCUCUAUAUCUAACAAGAAAAAUGAUAAUAAUUUUAAAAAACGGCUAUUCAAAGAAGAUGGAGGUUAUGCAUUAAAGAAAUUUGUUUAUGGUUUAUUUUAUCUUUGUUUAUUUCAAUUAAUGUCUUUAUAUUUUUCUACAGAUUUUGUUCUUUCUGAUGAAUUCCUUCAAACAACUAGAAUUUACAGAUUAUUCUAUCUUAUUCCUUUAUCAAUAACACAUCGUUUAAAAUAUUACGGUGCUUGGUCAAUUGCUGAAGGUUCAUGUAUUUUAUCGGGUAUAAGUGAUAUUAUAAGAGACUCCAAUGGCAAUAUUAUUCAUAGUUCUCUUGAAAAUAUUAAUCCAUAUGAUGUUGAAACGGCACAGAAUGUUAAACAAUUGUUUGAAGCUUGGAAUAAAGGUACAAAUCGGUGGCUAAAAUAUUAUGUUUACUUAAGAGUAAUAUCUCGUGACAAUAAUACAAAAUUUAAAGGUUCUCUCAUAACAUUUAUGGUUAGUGCUUUAUGGCAUGGAUUUUAUCCAGGGUAUUAUUUAUCUUUUAUGACUGGAGCAUUUGUACAAAUUUUGGGAAAAUAUUUUAGAAAACAUAUUCGACCUUUUUUUUUAACUAAAGACUUGAAGCCAAAUAGAUACAAAAUAUUUUAUGAUAUAUUAUCAUUACUAACUAUGCAAUUAACAUGGGGAUAUAUUGCACAGCCUUUUAUUAUUCUUAAUUUAAGGGAUUCUUUACGUUUUUGGCAACGUUAUGAUUUUUUUGUACAUUUCGGAAUUAUUUUAUUAUUCUUACUAUUUCUAAGCCCUUUUAAGGCUUUGGUAUAUUAAUUUCAGAUCUUUAUUAAAUUUUUUAUGUUGGAUUAUAACGGCUUUUUAUACUUUUUUAAUACGAAAAAAUGGAUAAUUAAUAAACAAUGGUAUUUAUAUUCAAUAUGGUCUUUGUCACUUCAAAUAUUUGUGUUUUUACUUCAUUUUUUUUAUACAUUUUAUCUAUAUUUUCUCGAGAUUCCGACGGGACACAGAUUCUUAGACAUGUCUUUAACACAAGAUAAGAAUAUAAUUAAAUCUCAAAAACU